AUGACAGACCGGCAGAUAGACCAGGGCCACGACCCCAUCACUCCCUGUAACCUCGUGAACCACGCCCACCAACGCUUUGGGGUGACCUCUCCUCGCCAACCAAACGAUGCGUUCACCUCAGCUCAGAAUCUUGUUCGCUUGACAUUCGCCGCCCGACGAGAACGCAAGGACCUCCUUGACGUUCCCGGCGACGGGCUCCCCUUCAUGGAGAUGUUCAAGGCGGUAAGGGAUUCCUAUCACAAAUCCUUUACCGACAUGGGCCCCUCGCCGACGCGGGAGAGCUUGACCACCGCACCGCGGCGCCUGCAGCGUGCAUGGAUCCUCAAGAACUGCUUCGAAAGCUUUCGCUGGUCGCCCGACCAGACCAACCACGUUGGCCCGGACCCCAUGUCGUACCACUCUAUUGGCAACACCGCCGAAACCUCGGCCCACAUCAACCAGUUCAAGGGCGGAAAGCCCAACGCUCUGGUUGUUCUCCAAGCCAUUUCCCUGCGCCUGUGCCACCACCCGACCGCCGCCGUUGAUGACGAGGUCUUUGACCUCAUCACCGGCCUCAUGAACGGCGCAGCUGCACUUACGAUUGCCUGGGGGUAUCCCCACCGGGACUUGCUCACCUCCGGCAUGCGCGCAAAGGUCGUGGCCAUCCAGGGCCGGCUUGAGCGUUUCCUUGGUCUCGUCGACGAGCUUGACGGCGAAGAGUUCGACUUGCGCGAGUUCAUCGUCCCGCUCCCACUUCCUUCAAUCACGGAUGUGCUUGUCGGAUACUCCUCUGAAUGGACGUCUGGAGAACGGAGAUACGAGACGAAGAAGCUGCUGGACGAGUGGAAAGAGUGGAUGCCGGAAAUUGAUGAAGUUGAGAGAAGGGCCCCGCGCGUCAACCGGCUCAACAGUGCCUCUUCUCCGGAACGGCGAGGUAUGCCAGUGCUCAUCGGUUCUCAUUUGCAUGCUCUGCUCGGUUCCCACCCACCGUGGACACACCAAAGGACGUUCUACUGUAGUGGCCACGUCCGCACGAAUGCGGCCGGUGACGUGCUGUGUGUCGGUCGUGACCGCGAGAGUGGCCUUGCCCACUGUCAUGCUGGCAUCGGAUACCACCCCUUGAACACCCUCUUCGGCCGCGAUUGCCACACUCGCCCGGGCCGCGCGCAGCCAUUAGCCUGCAACGCCCGCAUCCAGCUCUGGGCUGUCAACCAGUUCCGAGGCAGUUAUCGCUGCCAGGCUCUGGUCCGCCAACUUUGGAACGCGACCAACAAGAUUUUGUUUGAGCGCGUUCUGAGCACGCUCUGCAGGCGAGGCGUGAUUGCCGGUCCCAUCAAGCUGGCACCACUCUACAAACCCUCUCCGCAGCUGCUCGCCAUGUGGCAGACGAACGGCGACAACGACAUCGAGUCGGCGCUUCGUUACCCCACCUUCGCUGCUGAAGUGAAGCAGCAGCUUAGGGCGGCGCGUCAAGCACCCGAGAGCUUUGAGGAAGCCAAGCGCUCCUUCUACGAGGACCUGGGUCUGUCGGGUGGAUGCGUUGCUUGUGGAGAAGACGGUACCAUGAGGAUAUCUGCGGGGCCUGCAGCCGCACCAACGAGCGUUUCGUGCGCUGGGAGCAAACUUAUCCCACUGCCCGCCAUCUCGUUUCCCCCCGCCUCACCCCAAUCUCCGAGAUCGCCCGCAUCGCCUCGGCCGAGCUCAUUCCAUCAUCGCCAACCACCACCACCCUCGACCCCCGGUUCCUCGUCACUCGUCCUUGUGACGUCUGUGGCACCCCGAUUGUGCGCAAGUGCCACCUCUCGGGCGGCCGUGUCGGCUGCAGCAAGUGUGGGUCGAAAGAAUGCUACGACGCUCGACGCACGCCAGAUCCAUGAUGGCAAUGUGAGAACUUGGGCCGACAUGGAAAUGAACAUGGUGUUGAUACUUGACAGGUCUGCCAAAGAUGCUACCGCCGGUUCCUCCGCCACAGCUACGCCCGCGCCAUCCCUGCAGCUUGCGCCACACCAGGCUGCAAGAGCCGAAUGA